GGGACCAUUCCUGAGUCAUGAAGCAGUUAAGAAAUAUCCUGCCCCACUGGCUACCAUGCUCAUAAAGGUAGAUCCACGUGUACUUCCUUGUGGCUCCAGACAGCCUGACGGCUCCCUCGGCUGCUCACACUCAGCAGGGAGCGAGGGCAGAGGCAAGACGCAGAACCACCACCCUCCCAUGCAAAUCACCCCCGGGAGUGCAGCUCGGCUCCUCCCGCUUCUCCCCGGGCAAUGCUCCUGGGGAGGCGGUGGGGAAGAUGCAACCCGGGCCGCUGCGCCUUCCUCCUUGUCCUGGCCCUCUUGCUCGACGCCGUGGGCCUGGUGCUUCUGCUGCUGGGCAUCCUCGCCUCCCUCGAUUACUGGGACUUCUUGGUCUACACGGGGGCCCUGAUCCUGGCUUUCAGCCUGCUGUUCUGGAUCAGCUGGUAUUCCCUCAACAUCGAGGAACCUCUGGAGAAACUGGACUUUUAGUUUGGCUGCAGGCAGGGAAAGAGGGAUGCGGACUGCACAGGCACCUGGCUCUGAACCUGGGGCUGUCGGAGGAGCGGGGACUCGUUGCCACUCCCACCCAGGAUGCUCCACCAAGGACGAGGUCCCGUCUGUCGACAGAGUAACAUCAAAGCGGGAAGAUGCUCCACUUUGCCCCGCAUCCUUUACUCAUACCCAGGAGGAUCCAGAGGCUGCGAGGCAGAGGCUUUCAAAGCACCCACCGGGAUGCCCCCGCAUUGCAUGAAUGCCAGGCUUCUGGAAGGUUCCAAUCUCCAUCAAGAGUCCAGUGCCCCUGCACCACGCCACUAUCUAUGCUGCUGGUGCCCCGCCUGUUCCAGGAGAACCUGAGAAGCCUCAAACUUCUUGCACUGGGACUCUGAUGGAAUAAACUUCAUGGUGGGCUUAGAUGCCACGACAAGUCCCAUCCCCGCUGCUCCUCUUGUCAAUGUCCUGUUAAAGACUAACAGAACCAAGCGCAAAAGUCUAAAUGGGGUCUCCUGCAAGCAUACAUCGUGCUGUGUUAUUGCUACUUCUCCUCUCUGGUUCCACGGACAAGCCAUGGGAGCCUCGGAAGGAAGCUCUUGGUAUGGCCCAGGUGGACCCCAUCUCUUGGUAUGGCCCAGCUGGAACACUAGACCUAUAGCAACAUGUUGGUUGCGGAAGCAAAGCAGGGCCUGCCACGUGCAAGAGGCUGCCUCCUCAGUGCUGGACGCUGUUAAUGAUGAACGCAGCCCUGCCCAUGUGCACAGCCAGGCUGCCCGGGUGGCUCACAUUGAGCUUUUACUAGGCUAGAAUCCUUGUCCUCUAGGCGAUUCUCUGCCUCUGCUGUGCUGUCCUCUUGUUUUGCAUUUCUUGAUCCUAAGAGCAGGACUCUUUUUAUCUUAACUCAGUUGCAUCUAGUCAAAUGCAGCCCGACUGUCAAAGCCACCUACGACAGUCACCCUUCAGAGGCUAAUCAGACGUGCAUGUGCUCGUCUCCAGUGCUUGACCUGCCUCAAUAACUUAUAUUUUCCUUGGUGUAAUUUUGUACUUUUUAUUUAUAUUUCACCUCAAAAAAGUAUAAGUGUUCCCUAUAAGCUAUUUCAGAUGCCCUGUGGUACGAGGUAGUUCUCUAAAUAUAGAAGUAUGUUUGGCCUUUGGCUUUACCAUGA